AUGCCCGAGCCAAUAUCAUCCAGCUCGUCCUCAGUUUCUACGAUGGAGGAGAAGCCAUGGCGGUUCUCUGACAAGACGAUGGAGGUUGCAGCCGCACGAUCCAUAUACCUCAAGAUAUUUAUGGGCGGGGCUUUCAUGACCAUACUCACCAUCUUCGCGGUCUUCUCGAUCUUCUGGGGCUCCUUAUGGAAGAUCCCUGCCCAUAAUCUUCACGGUUGGGUUGUUGACUUUGACGAAGGUACAAUUGGGCAAGGUGUGGCCCAGGCAUUGGCCUCACAACCCGCCGGCUCGAGAAUUACAUGGACAGUCGUUCCAGCAUCACAGUUUCUUAAUGGACCUUCCGAAGUUGGGCGAGAUGUGCUGGAGGAACAUACAUGGGUCGCGGUGACAAUUAAUCCCGGCACUACCGCCCGCCUAACCGCUUCUAUUUCCUCCCCUAACUCCUCUUACGACGGAACUGAAGCAAUCACUAUAUAUGCAACUGAAGCCAGGAAUGAGAACGCUUUCCGGAGUCUGAUUCGCCCCUCCGUGCAAGCUACCCUAGAGGCCAUCUCCAGGGCCAUCGCCAUUCAAACUGCCGAACGUGUAGCCACGGCCCAGAAUCUAGGUCAACUGUUGACAACUUCCCCGCAGACGGUGACAGCACCGGUUGGGUAUCGCAUUCAGAACAUGGCGCCUUUCGAUCAGCCUGUUGCGUCUGCGGUAACCUUUGUUGGACUGCUUUACCAGUUGAUUUUGUCGUUCUUUAUUGUGAUGAUCGGCCUCAGCGCACGAGAAGUUUCAGGUCUUGAGAAAUCUCUUUCUACCUGGUCGCUCAUCAAGCUCCGCCUUGUUUCGUCGUUCGCUGCCUACUUCAUCAUGGCGCUAUUCUACUCCCUGCUCAGUCUGGCAUUCCAGCUCAAUGUGAGCCGAAAAUUUGGGCAUUCCGGAUUCCUGAUUUUCUGGAUGCUCAAUUAUGCCGGAAUGCUUGCUGUCGGCCUUGCUUUGGAGUCCCUGUCGACCCUCCUCACCACGCGUGGUAUUCCGUUCUUCAUGCUGACAUGGAUAAUCACGAACGUAUCCGUAUGCGUCUUCCCGAUUGAGGUCAUGCCAAAUAUUUUCCGCUACGGCCACGCAGCACCUUUCUACAAUGUUUCUCGUGCGAUGCGGACUAUCAUAUUCAGCACAAAGAAUGUUGUUGGGCAAACGUUUGGCAUCCUAGCCGUUUGGAUCGUCAUAUCUUGUAUCACCCUUCCCCUCAUCCAAAUAGUUGUGCGCCGGCGGCAAGCUAAAACCGCCGCAAAACCGGAAGCCUCUGCGCAAGACAUUGCACAACCGAACAACGAGAAAAACCCCGCAUAG